AUGGAGCAGCACAGCCCUGGCGCGCAAGCUCGGAGCGGUGCAAACUUCGUCUCAAAACAGGCUGGAGGUGGGGAUUGGUGCAGGAGUGUGGGGUCGAGUCCCUUUCGGCUGUCCGCGAGGGACCAAAGACUUUUCGUCUCACCGAGGAUGUAUAAGCAAGACCGGUUUGGACUCCUGAUUUCCGGCCCGGCGAAGGCUGACGCUUAG